AUGGGUGGUUGUGUUGCAAGUGCUCUUCCCUGCAAGAACACAACUUUGAAGGGGGAAGAUGAGACGGUCCAGCUGGCGAAGGUCGCAGGUCGUGUUCCAGGCGUUACAGUGUCCAUAGAGGCCGUCCAGAUGGAGAUUGCACAGAAAGGUGGCAGUCCGAGUCCACUCUUGGAGGCAGUCAUGGCGGGUCGCAGUAUGGAUAUGGAGCGGGCCAGGGCAAUUGCCAAGAACAUUGCGAAGCCAGACUACACCCUCGGGCAGUAUUUCCAGGACCUGAUGGCCACUUUUCCGGAGCUUCAUCUGUUUGGCCUUGAAGGUAUGUCUGCAGACACCAUGGAGUUCAAGCGUGACUUCCUCUACGGUGGCAGAGUGGCAGGUGAUGAGUUCCAGCGCACGAUCGGAGCAUUCUUUGCAAUCUAUUGGAUGGUGCGCCAGAGCAUUGAUGGAAAGCACGGAUUUUGCCACGGAGUGGAUGACACAUGGCGGCCAUUGGCUUCUCGCGAAGGUGCGAGCGACAAGUGCCGUGUGUUCUAUGGCGACAACACGAUAUGGAAGCACUUCCAGGAUCUGAUGCUCGAUGCAGGCAUUCUCGUUCAAGGCAGUGGCUCGAAGCUCGAGGUGGACUGUGAGACCACUCUCGCACUUCUGGUCCUCACAGCAUUGCAUGAUGUCAUGAAGGUCAGCCUUUUGCUUCCGGUCGUUCAACAACCUGAUGCUCCGUACCGUGGCUAUGGCAAGUCGGAGGUUGUCGGAGACCAUGACAUGGCAAUUUUCUAUUUGAUCGAACGCUACCCGGAGCUUCUGCCGUCCUUGAGCAGCUUGAAGCCAGACCUUCAGUCAUCGGUGCGAAUGGUGCUGAGCGGUCUGGCCUUCAAUAACGGAUGGUUUGUGCAAGCGGAGGCCCCGCCCGGAGCAGUUCUUCGUGGGAUCAAGGCUGCAAUCACGUCGCAGAACAAGUCGGAUCGAAAGCUAACCAAGCGCGACUUGAGUCUGUAUUUUGUCCAUUGGUUGACGGAUUUGGCGGGAGCCGAGCCUUCCCCGUUGUUGGGAUGCCUCAAGCUCACCAGCCAGCUCCCGCUUCCAGUACUCAAGAGCUUCAUGGAAUCCGUGAAGUACAUCCAGCAACUGGCGGAUCGGACCGAGACGGAGGUGAUGGAAAGCUACCUCAAGGAUCGAUGGAGAAAUGCCCAGCCGCCAAUGGGGCCCUUGCCCAGCGGCCCCGAGGCUCUCGUGAAGACUCGGCUGCUUUGCAUGGCUCAAGGCAUGGCAGGCCAAGUGUUGGAAGCCUUCGACAAGCUCAGUGAGGCAGACCGGAUGGUGCUCAGUGUGGAAAUGGCACGCACCGGUACAGAAAAUCAAAGCUUCUCAGAGGGUUUCGUGCCAUCGUCUGUGAGGGACCUUUUGGCUGGACCGGCCUUCUUGGUGUACUAUGGUCCGGCAUUCUUGCAGAGGAUGAAUACGGACAGCGCCGUGAGACGGUUGGAGAUUUUGGCCGAGAUCUACCGCCGGGCUCGUAAGCUUUGGCCCGCCAGCAGCGAUCAGGCCGGGAACUUUGUGACCCUCCGCAUUGAUGCCAUCACCAUCCAAGGGAAAUGGAGCUCAAGCGACCCCGAGCUUCUCUUGCUGAGGAUGUGCAGCAACAAGCAGGCAGUCCUUGAGAGGCGGCCCGGGGACCCAAAGACUGCGAAUGUCAAAGAGGAGAAUACCGAGAUCUUGUUUGCCCCUGACGUGUCCGAUGCUGUCGACAACUACGGCAUCUGCUCGCAACAGGAGAUGAUCCAGCAGGUGAGCCACGAGAUGCUGAGCUCGGGACGCUGGUACCGAAAGGUGGCGUUCGCUUUCCUCCGCCCCGCUCAACCAGGAGAGAUCAUCAUCACGAUCGUGGAUGGCAAGGAGGAGACAGUGAACACGGCAGUCGAAGGGGAUUACGUCGUGCAGGCCAACACCCGAUGGAAGGAGAAUUACAUCCUCUCCUAUGCGACAACAUCGGCAGCUUACGAUCUGGCAACUCCAUUGGAAAUCCCACAUGGCCGUGAAGAUGCGCAGCAAUUGCGCAGGGACGGUUACCGAUGCUACCGAUCCCGUACACGCAUCCGUGCCCUCCGGGCCACGGAGGAGUUCCUACGACAGCAUUGCCCAUCCAAGAAGUUCAUGGCAAAGUGGGGCACGCCAUGCUCCGUGGAAGUCGAUGACAUCAUCGCGGCUCAAGUCAGCCCAAGCUCGGAAGUGACAGAGAUCUACAGGAUCGAGAAGACGGUCUUCAGGGAGACUUUCAUUCCAGAGCAGAGGUGA